CCUUACAGGGCUCCUCGAUUUGCAAUUCCUGUAGGCAAUGGCCGCCUCCGACUCAACAGGUGAGGAGCACUUUUUGGAUAAACAUCGUAAUGACCUUAUCCAGCAUAUAACGAUGGUACAUCCCGUGUUGGACUGUCUAUUGGAAGGAGGUCUCCUGACUCAGGAACAGUACGACAUUGUGAAGGAAUCAGAAGUCAUAACCCAGGAGAAGAUGAGAGUUCUUUAUAAGUUCGUCAGUGGUUGGAGCUUCUCUCACAAGGACACGCUCUACCGAGCUCUGAAGACCAGCAAUCCCGGGGUCAUUGAAAACCUAGAAGGAAAUUCCCAAUCAGAGAUCACAGAAAAGGCCUCGCCUGGUGACCCCAUGGAAGGUGUGUAAAAUAUAAAUAUAUUAUAAAAAAAAAAACACGAUACUCCCUAUUUUAGACCAUCUAAUCAAAGUUAGCCUUGAGAUGAAGGAGCUUAUCCCAAAAAGGGGGGUUGUGGGAGACGGCGCCCCGAAAAGUAAGAGAUGAUGGAGGUUUUCUUUGUAAAGUUAUAGGUCUUCAUUUGAUUAUAUGAUAAAAUAUAACACUUUCAACGCGUUUCUUUGCUUACA